GCUGACUCUGGGUUCUCAGGCGGAAAGCUGCGAUGGUUUUCUCGCAGCUGGAGGUUGCAUGCAAGACAUGUUGAUGGAUGUCCCGUACUGCGCGACCGUUGGUGUGUUUGUCGAACUCUUUCUCACCAAAUAUCUGGUGUGUUUCUCAUUCACGAAAAUAUGUGUUGCAUUUUUACUUGGCUUCUCUGCUAGAAGAUAUCAACCAAAUUCCUUGUUAAUGCCAUGUCUGCUGUAACGCGGCACAGGAAACUCGGUGUGCGCAUGCAUAGAGAGUAGGGCAAAUCUACCUUUCCCUUGUCGAGGUUGCCCCUUCGCCGGCAAUAGCUCGCCAGCUUUCUGAAUCUGUUUCCUUCCUUUCACUUCCGCUUGAUUCUUAUCUGUUUAUUGUCUCUUCGUUACAGAAGCACAACCGCAUCUCCCUUGCUCGUUUCGUGCCUCGCGGAACGACAUGUGAUCUUCUGUACUGAGCACAUUGUUUACGUGCAUCGAUACUUUACGGCCAUCCAAGCUACAUGCCACUACAGUCGCUGUUUGUGUGCUGGUGCUUCGGUCCUUCCUUUUAGCAAGUGCGCUCCUGUUAGCCGGUAUUGUAUGCGGUCUUCGUCUGCACCGUAGCAGUAGUAGUGAUGGGGCGUUAGCUUCUGAAACGUAGAACCUAUCGCGGGCGACGGUUCUAAAACCUGCAUGGAUGAACCAAUCCACGCCAUUUUGCGACACCACAGGAGGAUCCAAGUGACACGGCAAGUCGCAGUGGCCUUGCGUUCCUCUCUUUUAUGUCCCUGUCAGAUCUUGUGCAGGAGGCGGCAGUUCGUCAAGACACUUCAGUGCCGAAAGGACGCAGUGUCCCCCGCAGGGGUUUCCCUGAAAAAAAAAGACAAAGGUGAAGCAACUCUUCUCGCUUGCAGGUGCCGAUACCUGGUCUCACCAGACGUUUGUACAGGUGCCAUCUGCGCACUCGCGUGUCUCGGUGGCCUUCAGCGUCGAAGAGUUGUCGGCUGUAUCGCGAGCUUUUUUUGGCAAGGACUCCACCAGUUCCGUGUCUUGUUUCUGGUGGACCUCUGAGAAACCGUGGCAACGUACUCUUUGAUCUACAGUUGAGAACAACUAAUUUAGUUUUGUGGAACUCCGCCAGCGUGCUCUCCGUGUUGCCGACAAAUCGCGACAAAUCGGAAGUCUCUGUGAAGUCAUGUGCCGUAUUCCUUCGUGGGAAACGCAGGCAUAUAAUUGGGAGUUCGGUCACGCGUGAAAUCUCAUGCUUCUUCCGCUCCGCAUGGCAGCCGACGUCACUCGAGAGGAGAGUCGCUGCCUGGAAGCCCUCGAGCUCCUUCAGCUCCAAGUCCAGCGCGAACUUCGCAAGUUUCGUUCGCGACAGACUUCCGCGGGAAGCCGCACGGGUCUGGUGACUCGGACGAGCGAGGAGCAGAGCGUCGCGGGCGAUGGUGGCGAUGCCAAGAAGGGAAGUGGCGGUGAGGGCAGAGGAGAGAGUGAGGGAGGUUCCCGGGCUCGGUCCCUGAGCAUGCGACGAAAGGAGUACCUUGAAGAAGUUUGGCGGUGCGCCGACGUCGGCGCUGUCGAGUGUCCAGACCGCUUUGAGGAGCACAGGGGCGGCGGAAACAGACUUGAGGAGGGACAGGAUUACCGCCUGCAUGCCGUGCUGCGGAGACUGAGACUGACUUCACUCCCGAGGGACGAGCGUCGCUCGGGUCGAGAACCAUCGCGUUUCUGGUCGCAGUCGCCCGUCCGUCGACCGCCAGCUUCGAUGACACCUGAGAGACAAACGCACUUGAAUUGUCCGACAUGUGUGUACUUGCAAGGCGCGCUGUACAGACAGCGGGUCCAACGGGCAUGCGUAGAAGUGGAGAGCAGGAACCUCCUGCAAGGUUUGGCGAAAGACCUGCGAACCACGCGUACCCGAGUCAGGGAACUCGAGACGCUCAGAGCGGAAGAAGUUACAGCGCUAGCCUCUGGUCUCCGUGAGAAAGAACGAGAGGUGGACGUUCUCAAGUCCCUGCUGUCGCGAGCGUUGGAGCGCCUCGAGGAGGUUGUGACGCUUCUCCGUGCCAAGAACGUCGAAUCAUCAGUUGGACAAGCUCUUCGUGGCAAAGGAAAGAAAGCAGAGCAAACAUGCUGUGUAACCUCUGAAAAGGAGGAUUUAGGAUCUCCGUUGGAGUCCCACUCACAGUCACCAAUAAAGCACCGCGCAACUGACCCUUUGACGACCGCCUGUUUUGAAUUGCGUCUGGGGCAAGUGGAUGAGGUGCUUGCGCAGGAACGAGAGAAGCAGAGAGCAGUCACGGGUCGUCAACAGACAAACACUGCCGAAUUCUCUCCGCUUGGCUCCACCAAGCCGAUUGGCCAAUGCAUUUCAGAGCAAGAAGCAACGGAGCUGAGUCCAGCACCAGCGCAGACCGGCAACACGCAAAAUACAGAGUGCAGUGGAAGUCCAGAGAGACAGGAUGAAUCGCACACAGGAAACGAUCACAUCCCUUUGUACGUUUCAGGAGAUCUGGCAUCAUUCCCGACGCAACGCGAAGGUUUCAGAGGUCCCGAAUCCUCGAGCAAGGGGUUCCACUCCUCACCACAUGCACUUGAUAAAACCCAGGUGACGAUGCGUUCUCGGCCCACGCCAGACGACUCGCCGGCCUUACAGGCUCCUUCUGAGCUGUCGGCAGCUCACACUGACUCUGGCGGUCACUUGCUCUUGACUCUCUCGCCACAGCUGCAACAGCGAAUGAUAAAGGACGACCAGCAUCUUGUGUCGCCUGCUCCCGGGGGGUUGUUUCUUGUUCACAACGGUUCACCCUACCUCAGCUGCGUGGAUGGCGUGGAAAGGGCCGGAAGUGGGAUGGGUUUGAGCGUAGGCCCAUGGGCGCCGCGGCUUUGUGUGGAAGAGCGCCAGACACCCGGAGAGAACGUGGCAAAGCAGACAAGCACAGCCGUUGGCUCUCACUGGGAGGGCAUGCAAGGCACUUGCAGCGGCAGGCACUCGUGCUCCCUGCUCUCGCAGGCGAGUGUGUCUCGCGGGUGGCCUCUUUCAACGGGCCCUCCCGCGACCUUCGCUCCGCCAGUCUCUUCCUCUUCUUCAGUUAUCUCGUCAGUCUCUUCUGCCUCCAUGGCUCCUCCUGUAGUUCUUCUUGCCUCCACUGCAGAUGCGGCGCGCCAUACCCGUAGCUCUCCGACCCCGCGGCAGCUGUGUGAGGCAGGUGACGGUUGGACUCCGAAGCAUCAGCUGUUGCACGCACCAUUUCAGUGUCUCCAGCACGCUACAGUAUCGAGUGCUAGCACACUGUCUCUCUCACACACACGCAAACUGGCACCCGAAACUAGGAGGCGCGGCAGCGAGUGUCACAACUUUGCGUCUGGCUUUUCUCACGAACGAGUACACUCGGUUCACUGUGAUAGCGCUUUCCCUCACGCAGUUCCCAUCCGUCGUCACGAGAGGGCGGCUGGCAUCAGCCACUAUUCACCACAUCCCUGCCAGUUGUCAGGAGUCUCUGCUGAGUCACCCGCUGGUCCUCUUGAAGCCAGCCGCUUUAUUGCUGCUGGCAGCGAAGAGCAGCAACAACAGCUGCAAACCCCAUUGAUAGGACCGUUUGUACCCCUCUCCCAACAACUUCGCUCUCAGACUCCAUCGGUGGAAUGUCCCCAGCCAGAAUGUGAGAAAGUUCCCGCAGGGCAGCCAGAGCUGAAGGUGCCAGAAGCAGAUUGCCGGGUGAGUGGUGCGCGUGCCGGCUCUGGUGGCGCCGGCGUUUUAAAUACCGUAACUGAAAAUGAACGAAGCAGACAAAAUCAGGCUGGCGGGGUUCCAGACAGUGCGCCUCCAGCGCGUUCAGCCCCGACACCUGCGUCUAUUUCAGUCACUUCGGCAGCGGAUGUGUUUCCAUCAGCAAACGUCUUGCAUUUACCCACUUCGUCCCCGAUGAGCUUCAGGACUGAUGACAUUCUUCAAAGAAGGGCAAAGCGACCCGCCGCCCGUGAGCUGCCUGCGGACGCCUUGCUGGAAUUGAGCAGUGCGGAAAGCGAGUGCGGAGACAUGGCGAGUGGCUUCCACCGGCCGUCUCUUUAUUGAGGGGGGAGCGUGCAGGCGCCCGUCGGAAUGAUAGCUUGGCUAUUCGCCAGGAGUGGCGUCGCGGGCGGCUAGAUGCGACAUGUCCGUUUGUGGUGAUGUGUUAUCGAAACGAUAGAAUGGAAAACGAGAAAAUAGCAGCCUCGUCUCGGCAUGAGGAGCAUUGUUGAUUCGGGCCAGCACAUCUUCGUCGAGAACUCGCCGAACACUCUUGCGUGUCACACUCUGCGGAUGGCUACGUGUUAGCCGAGAAACCACACUCCAGCGAGCAACAUAUCCUAUAGGUGUCUUCUCGGUGCCGUUCUUGGAUUCCAAUGGAGAGGGUAGUAACAUGGCGGUGACGAGACAGUGAUGUGGAUUCUGACACCUCUCGAGGCGAGCUGUCGGUCCGCGUGUCUGUUCGUGUGAGCGGAACAGUGAAUUGUCAUGGGGUUCAACACAGAACCGAACGUAGCGUGAGUUCGACGAUAGAUUCGCAAUCGUGCUUGAUGCUCAGGGGUUGUGAUUGCUUCUUGCAAAAUUUGCAUCUGUGGUUUCCGUCUAUCCGCCGUUGGUUAUUCACGUUUCUCCAUAAUUAUGAGCGAGUUUCGAACCGGUGCUCGCGGCAUCAAAACCUGUCCACGACUCAGGCAAGCCCCUUCGUCGUUCCAGAGUUCUCCGUCCGAUCUCACUGCCCACAUUCCUUGUUCCUUUCCUGUUUGUCGGCUUUAUAUGCCAACUACUUUGCUGAGACAUUCUUG